CCUUGGACUCUACUUCUCCUCCUCCUCCUCCUCCUCCCUUUCUCUACCCUCCUCCACGUCACCUCAUUGGGUAUCCAGCAGCGAUGUCGGGGCGUCUAUAGGAGCAUCAGGGGGAACGACGGAGCGGAGGAACGGCUGUAAACCAGGUGGAGGGUCGCUGUAAAAACUGGAUGUGAAGGGGAAGCGCCAAGGUCAUGGUCGACUGGUCCAAUGUGACAGCAUCCGGCCACCAGGAGCUGGGACUGAAACCUGAGGAGCUGCAGAAAUCCAAAUGUGUCCUGGGCUUCAUCCCAGUCAUCUACUACAGUAUUCUGCUUUGUGUGGGAGUACCAGUGAACAUCCUCACGGCCGUUGCUUUAUCCCGACUGGCGUCCCGCACCAAGAAAGCUCUGUACUACUACCUUCUGGCGGUGACGGGCUCAGACAUUCUCUCCCAGCUCUUCAUCAUCUUCGUUGGCUUCCUGCUGGAGACGGCGGUCUUUCACCGAGACGUCCCCAUACUCCUGCUGCACUCCGUUAGCGCCGCCGAGUUCGCCGCCAACCAUGCCUCCAUCUGGUCUACGGUUCCCCUCACCGUGGACCGCUAUGUGGCGCUGUGCCACCCUCUCCUCCACCGCCAGAUCAGCUACCCGGCCCGCGCCAGGAAGAUCAUCGCGGCGGUCCUGGCGUUGUCUCUGGUGUCGGGCGUGCCCUUCUUCUGGUGGUCGGACAUGUGGAGGAACAGCGACACGCCCACGGCCCUGGACACCGUCCUCAUCUGGACACACGUGACCAUCAUCUACUUCCUGCCCUGCAGCAUCUUCCUGGUGCUGAACUCUUUGAUAAUCCACACGCUGAGGGUGAGACAGAGGGAGCAGCGCUGCGAGGAGGAGCGCGGGCCCAAGUCGGCGCCUCCUCGGCGUCUUGGGAAAACGACGGCCAUGCUGCUGGCCAUCACCUCCGUGUUCUCCGUGCUGUGGGCCCCCAGGACCGCGGUGGUCAUCUACCACCUGUACGUGUCCUCGGUCCACCGGGAUUGGCGGGUCCACCUGGCCUACGACCUGUCCAACAUGCUGGCCAUGCUCAACACGGCCGUCAACUUCUUCCUCUACUGCUUCGUUAGCAAGCCCUUCCGCGGCGCCGUGCGGGAUGUGUUGCUGCUCCGGGGGGGCCCGCUCUACCCCCGGCGCGCUCUGCCUCACCCGCAGGCCCCCACCAACGCCUCCAUCUCUUCUCUGUACAGUGGGAACAACAAGCGCCCGCCACGGGACUCCACCCCCUUGUCACCUCGCAGGGCCAGAAAGCCCUCGUGACCCCGCGCUCCCCUCUCCUCUUAAUCCAAAACACCCAUCAUCCCACGGUCCCGGAGCACUUCUGACCCCAGAGACGCUUACUGCAUUCCAGCUACGACCGUGGACAGCUGCCAGUCAGCCCUGAGGCUUUCUGAAAGGGCCUCUGAUGAACUCACAAGAAGCAUGUUGUUUUGUAUUAAAGCAUGUCACAGUCUGUUGUUUGUCCACGUAAAUCAGAUAACCGUGACAGCCUUUUUAUUUUGGUUCAGAAGACUUUGACAAAAUAAAAGUUUUCUUUUCCAUAUUUGGUAGCAAUGUGACAAAACAUGUUUUAUAUGUUAUGUUAUGAGAAAGAAGGAAAGAAUAACAGCUUGUUUUCUUCGUGGUUAGUUGGAUCCAUGAUUAGGAGAAGAAUGGGAGGAAGGAAACUGAUUAUGUACAUGAAGCUACACUGAGUGUAAUCAAUUCAUCCACCCAGUCCCACUUUUAUCAUGUCGUUCAAUUUGUCUAUUCUAAUCACUCUGCUACGAUAUCAACUCAGCAAAGAGUGAGAGUUUAAAUAUGAACUGCUGUAUCUGCCGUUGUGUAAAGAUGCCGAUUGCCCCAAAUGACGAUCCGCCCUGCUGAGCAUUUACCAAUAGAGCAAAAAGAAAUCGCACUCCGUCUAUACGGCGCGCUCCAAAGGCACGAAAAAACGCCAGCUGCUAA